AGCAUUUUCCUCAAGAUUUAUAGGGGCGUGCGAAGAAAAAACGUGCACAAUUCAAGAUUGCAAUCUUAAAAAAAAAUACUCGAAACUCGAAAGUAGAUGUAUUUUUCCAGAAAAUGAGGUGAAAAACGUAGUCUUUAAACUGUAAACAUGAUGGAAGUCGAGACUGCAAGUUCACGGGGAAACAAUAUUAUGAUGAUGGAAGUGAAUAUGGGAAAUUCUCGACCCAACGAGAAGCGGGCGUUAGAAAUUUCUGCACCCGGAAAUGAAGCAAGGAAGGAUACGGAAAACAAAGGAAGUAAUACCACCGUAUUUAUUAACCAUGGCGUGAUUGCUUGGAACGAGAGCAGAAGAAAAUGGAUCGGAGAUCAGUCUCAAAGAUCACGAAGAGGAAGGACGCCAGAAGAUCCCGUCAUAAGCUGGUCAACAACUUACGAGGACCUGCUUUCAAAUAACAACCGUUUUCCCGAGCCAAUCCCUCUACCCGAGAUGGUAGACUUCUUGGUUGAUAUCUGGCUUGAUGAAGGUUUGUAUGAUUAGAUAAAUCGGUUAGUUUUCGACUACAAAAAUUGUAGUCAUCAGAAUGUUUAUAGCACCGUGCAUUCGGUUUUCUUCACCGAUCAAGAUGUUUCUUGAUCGAAUAGAGUUGGCCGAGUGUCGGUUCUUCUGUCGGGUUGGUUGUUUUUUCGGGUAAAUUGUAAGUUAAUAGCAUGAAGA